UGCGGUGUGUAAAUUGUCGUUCCCUGCGAUUGAGAGGAGUAAAUCUUCGUUCCCUGCGAGGGAGAGGCGUAAAUCGUUGUUCCCUCCGAGUGCGGAAAGUAAAUUGUCAUUUUCUGCGAGUGCGGAGAAUAAAUUGUCGUUUUCUGCGAGUGCGGAGCGUACAUUGUCGUUCACUGCGAGUGCGAGCAGUAAAUUGUCGUUUUCUGCGAGUGCGGAAAGUAAAUUGUCGUUCCCUAGUAAAUCGUCGUUCACUGCAAGUGCGGUGAGUAAAUCGUCGUUGCCUCCGAUUGCGGAGAGUAAAUUGUCUUUCCCUGCGAGGGAGAGGCGUAAAUUGUCGUUCCCUGCGAGUGCGGAAAGUAAAUUGUCGUUUAUUAGGCGUAUAUCGUCGUACCCUGCGAGUGCGGAGAGUAAAUUGUCGUUCCCAAUGAGUGCGGAGAGUAAAUUGCCCAUUUCUGCGAGUGCGGAGA